AUGAUGUCUUCAAGCCGGCGAGAAGCCAAGACCUUCAAAGACCUCGGUCUCAGCCAGUGGGUCGUAGAUGUCUGUGGUAGUCUGGAAAUCACCAAACCCACGUCGAUUCAGCGACUUGCUAUUCCUGCUAUUCUGGACGGCAAGAAUAUUGUCGGUGCCAGCAAGACAGGUAGCGGUAAGACUGCCGCCUUCGCCCUGCCCAUCCUCCAAAGGCUCUCCAAGGACCCCUUUGGUGUCUUCGCAGUUGUCCUCACUCCGGUGCGGGAACUGGCUGUCCAGAUAACCGAGCAGUUCGAGGCGCUGUCGAAGCCAAUUGACGGUCGUAUUUCAUGCAUCGUAGGAGGGACCAGCCUGUUGCCGCAAAUACAGGCAAUUCACGAUCGCCCCCAUAUCGUUGUUGCCACCCCCGGAAGACUCGCUGAGAUCCUCAACGGCGAUGCCUCCCUCGUGGAAGCUUUCGCCCACACUGAGUUCCUCGUGCUCGAUGAAGCUGACAGAUUGUUGGUAUCGGGAUCAGGAUUCGAGACUUCUAUUGCUGAUACAAUGCGGGCCCUCCCGGGCAAGGCCAACCGACAGACCCUAUUAUUCACGGCUACUUUAUCGGAUAACGUAAUGGCUUUGCAGAAAAGAUACGGGGAGAGUUCGAUGCCAUUGGUGGACGCAAACCCCAGCAGUGACCUACCGACGAAUUUGAGGCUGCGAUAUGUGUUCGUACCGGCGAUGGUGCGAAUGGCUUAUCUCAAUUAUUUGGUCUGUCAUGAAUUUUCCGAGGAUACUAUGAUAAUUUUCACAGCUACGCUCCGCUCUUGCCAACUAGUUGCUUCUACUCUCGAGAAACUGGGGGUCUCGGUUGCCGCUUGCACAGUCUUCAAGACCAAAGGCGACGUACGGCUUCUUUAG